AUGUCAGCACUCCCCGUGGCAGCCUUUUGCACAUUCCUCGCACCUGGCGCUGUGUCCCGCUUACUAUAUCCCUCUUGUUCCGGGGUCCUCAUUGGCGACAAGCGGUUUCUGAAACCGAUGUGGCAGACCCUGUGCACCCCGGGCUCGGAACUGCAUGAUUCGUUUGGUCAGACCGUCGUCCUGGCCACGGGACCUCCGAUUGGGAACAACAUUCCAGGACCAAGGCAGGCAGGACAGGAGCGAGAGCGGAGCCCAGCUGCGGGUGCCAUUCGAAAGUCGGCUCUGGUGGAACUCGAUCCAUGGACCCAAUGGUCCGAGGCACGGCUUGCAAUCGUGUAG